UUUAUAUAACCUCUCUUUAUAUGAAAAAACAAAACACAGUUAGGUCAUAAGUUCUAUCUAGGUUUUUACUUUGGGAUUAAAAAUUGAGAUAAUAUUCGUGUUGGUGUGCCCAGAAGAAUCCAUUUAUUUGAUCUAUCAACAAGUAUCUGCAACCAGACAGAUGGGUGAACAAGUUGUCCCUCCUUGUGCCUCUCCCCGUAGCCUGUUCCUCCGCACUUGGGAGGUUUCCUCACAAACCUUGAAGGCUGUCGUUUCAUUUGUCAACAACUUUAGGUGUGAAGUGCCAUGGUUUGAUGCACCACCCAAUUAUGUUGGGCCUCUUAUUGAACUGUUGUGGGUGCAAAUUAUUAGCAAUCCCUCAAUAUGCAUUGCCUUUGCAUAUAGAAACUUAAUGAAUGGUCUGCGUGGUUACAAGAUCUCGCAAGUUCUCGGCCCGAUUCUCUUAUCUGGUGGGAUUAUAAACCAUUUUGUUGUGCUGUCUUUUGUUAUGUAUUGGUACUACGACAGGCCGUUCCGUUUAAUUGGUGCUGAGGCAAUAUUUUUGAUCGAGGUCAUUCCUAUGAUAGUGGCAUCUGCGUUGCAUCACCUUUUGGAGUUCAAUUAUGGUUAUCUGUAUCUACUGCUUGGCUUCACCAUGUAUGUCUAUGGCUGCGCGCACUUCAUGCACAUAGCGUAUGAUAUUGGAGUAAAAGACGUAUUGCUAGGAUUAGUAUUGCAGAUUCCUUUUUAUAUUGUGAACGGAAAGUUGUUAAUUAGAGCGUUGGCUUUGAGCUUCUGUGUUGUGUUAUGUUUCUGUAAAUACAUGAUGUAUUCUGCUCCUGAAUUACCUGAGCAUGGUAAAAGUACAAAGGAGUUGGAGCAGCUGCCUUGCUGAUGUGAAGGUGUUUAGAGAGGGCAAAUUUCAUGUAAUUUUACAGUAUCAUAAAUAAAUUAGGAGUCUUUGAUUCACAUUUGUUCUAGCUUAUUUUAUGCCCUUACCAUUGCGUAACCGUAUCAACGGAGAGCCAUGGGAUGAACUGAUUCAGUUUUUGUCAUUUAAUCUAGGUGCGAGUAUAUUUUGGAC